GCUGUGUGCAGCUUCGGUUGCUAAGGAAACACUGAAUGCAGGUGGCAUAAAGAUGAUGGUGGCAUAGUGAGCAAGCAGGUCAGUCUGGCUGGUUGAGGUGUGGAGGGGACACCACAAACCACGCCAGGAUUCUGACUAAUAAAAUUUCCACUGCCCUCAGUAAAUCUCCUCAUUAUCCAUGUCUAUCCCGGGAUCAUAGCUACAAUUAUGGUGACGCUUAUCACAGAGCAGCUCCGUAAGCAAAGUCUGGAAGAGCCUUAUCACAAGGCUUUCUCAUUCAAUGUGAAUGUGUCAUUACCUGCAGUGGGCUCCAGUCCCACUGUCUCGUGGAGUGCAUGCAGAUCAAGACAAGAGACCAGCUCAGCAACACACCCGUCAUCCAGAGCCAACCUUCUGGAUGAUUCCUGUGGACUCGACUCCUUAUGGCCUCGGCCUUCCCAUUCUGGAGAACGUCUCCAGAGAAUGGAGGUCUCCUUCACAGACGAGGCUUUCCAAAGCUCACCUCCACCACCACCCCCAAAACGCCACUGUCGGUCGCUUUCUGUUCCGGAAGACCUGUCUCGGUGCCGCUCCACCUGGCAUCCUAGUGCAUCAAAGGUUUGGACCCCGGUCAAACGUGGCUGCCAAAGUGGAGGAGCAUCUAGUUCAGGCUCUGGAGCCAGCUCUUUGCCACUUUGUGGUCCCAGUUCCUCUUUCACCUCCUCCUCCCUACACUCAUCCUCUAGCCCUACCUUCUUUAGCUUAGCACUGUCCUCUGACUCCCCACUACCAUGGAGCUUCCCAUGGGACCCCUGUGACACACUGAAAGGAGCCUGUUCUGCCUCCUUUGCUACUCCUUCAUCCUGCUCCUCUUCACCGGCCCCCCUGAUUUCUCACUCAGUGCUGCAGCGACGCUUCUCCCUCUCCCCUGUGCACAUUCAGGACACCUCUGUGGUGCUCCUGCCCCCCCAGCCCUGCCCUGCUUCUGCUCUGACAUAUGGCUGUUCUGGCAUGGAGCAACCAGCCCUGUCUCCGUCUCCCACUUCAGCCUGCAGCACACCAUCCUCCUCUAGGCGCGACCUGCAUCCAGCGCUGCCACGAUGCCACUCACAGCCCUGCGACAUGCGCAAACCUCGCUUGAAGAGGCGCCAUGAUCCAGAUGUUCUUCCUUACCCCAGGCCAGGCCUUGACUUCAGCAAGAUGACACAGAUUGGUAAUCGCGAGAGCCCAGUGUGUGGUACAGAUGGCUGCAUAGUUCCAGUGUCUUCCCAGGCAGAGCAGCGCUCAGCCUUCUCCCCUGCUGAGUUCCUGGGACGAGCCAGCAUUGGGCCACUAAGUGAAAGUGAAGAAGAAGACGAGGGGGAAGAAGAUAAAAGAAACAGGACUGUAAUAGAUGGAGGACAAAAGAUUGUUUUUGAAAGAGACUGCACCGAACUGGACUUGAAUCUUAUAGAAGAAAACUGACUAGUUGUUGGUGCUCCCAACAUGAUCACUGCAUUCAUAACCAUGUUAAGCACACCAGUAGGCUUUGUGUGCUUUUCUGGCAGAAUCCUUGGGAACCUGCUGCCCUCCUAAGGCGUCCAGAGUUUGUAAUCAAAAACCAAGCAAUUAGGGUUAUCAAAUAUCAAAUUACAAUGUUAUGAUUGUAACACUUGAGCUAGUUCACUGUUCAACAUUUCACAAAAAUGUCAGUGCCUGCCUAUUCAACACACCAUAGGGAAAUGUGCAUGAGCAAAUAAGCAAGUCUUCAUGCACAGACUUUUGGGUAUUUCAUAUUGAUACAAGUCUUAAUUAGCAUUAACCAUUGGUAUGCAUCUUGAUAUCCUUAUCAAAGAACACUAUAUACUGCAGUUAGCAGAAUAUUCUUAAUAUUUCCUCAUAUGUGACUGAGGCAAAAGUUAACGGGAUAGAGUAGAUAAGCGUUCCUCAGUGGGUCUCUGAAUCUGGAUAUGAGUGUAGAUGAGCUGGUAAAGGUGGACAUAAUGUUGCCAUAUGUAGGACAAAAUAUGCGGGUAGCCCAAAAAAAAAAUAAGAAUACUAUCUAUAUGUAAACAUUCUCCUGUAUAUUGAACAGGAUACAUUCCAAGAUUUUGCUGCAGUUCCUUAAAUCCCUCACAAACCCUAAAAAAAAAACAAAAAAAAAACAAACAUCUAUGUUUACUGCUGUUCUGUCAUUGAUUUAGCUUGUCCUUUUGGAGCAACUCUA